AUGCAGACACGUGUGAGGGAGGCUGAGCGGAGCUGUGUGGAGAUGUGCAGGAGAGAAGCUGAGCUGCGGCUGCAGCAAGGCAGCAUCAUGAUGGUGGCAGCGGCCCUGGGACAGCUCCGUGAGGGCUUUGUGGAGCUGGGCUUUGUGGGUGCAGGCCAUAUGGCAGAGGCCAUGGAAUAUGGCCCUGUUCAAAUAGUUGUUUGGGAAGUUUUGUUGGAGAAGGGGAGACCCAAAGAAACAGGCAUCUUGCCCAAGUGUGGCCUGAAGAGAAAACUAUCAAAUGUAACCUUUAAGGAAAUGACAGGCGUGACGGGAGUGACAAAAGUGAUGGGAGUGACAGGGAGAGAAGGGAACUUCAGCUGCUGUCCCACGGGCUGGAAGCCAUUCGGUUCGAGCUGCUACUUCAUUUCUAAUGCACCUAAAACUCAGCCUGAGAGUGAAGAGAACUGCCUGGUAAUGGAAGCUCAUCUGCUGGUGAUCACCUCCGAGGAGGAGCAGAAUUUCAUCAUCCAGAACUUGGAUACCGCAUUUCUUUAUUGCAUUGGGCUGACUGAAACACUCAAGCCGUCAGACCCAUCUGGGAAAAGACACUGGCAGUGGGUUGACCAGACACCAUACAAUGAAAGUGCCACGUUCUGGCACAAAAAUGAACCCGGACAUAACAACAAGCACUGUGUUGUUCUACAUUCUCAUACAAUAACGAAUAAAUGGGGCUGGGUCAGUGUUGAGUGUCUUCUACCUUACAGGUCAAUUUGCGAGAUGACAAAGAUCAGCUGCUCAGUGGAGCAGUCUCCAUGA